GCCCCACACAACCCUGAUUUUUAAGCUCACUCUUUAUAUUAUGUAUGCCAUUUCCUUUCCCUAUUCAUCAUAAAUAUCUCACCUCCAACCACCGUUUCUCAACGGUUACUUUAAUCCCUCUUUGAAUGACUCAAAGAAGAAACGGAAAAAAAACCCAUUAAAUUCCGCUUUACUUGCAUUCUGAGAGUGUUUAAGCUUCUUUUCCAGGUGGGUUUCUCCAGAUUCACUCAGAAGCUCAAGGAAUUGGGAUUUUAGAAACAGACCCAGAUGGAUUUUUCUUCCUUUUUGACGUCCUUAGGGACGUCUUUUGUGAUAUUUCUGGUUUUGAUGCUUGUUUUCGCUUGGCUUUCUUCAAGGCCUAGCAAUCAUGUCAUUUAUUACCCAAAUCGGAUCCUUAAGGGUCUGGAUCCGACCGGCGGGUCCAGGUCUAGGAGCCCGUUUGCUUGGAUUGUGGAAGCUCUGUCUUCUUCUGAGAAGGAUGUGAUCUCUAUGUCUGGGGUUGAUUCUGCUGUUUACUUUGUGUUUUUGGCCACUGUGCUCGGGAUUUUUGUGUUGUCUGCUGUUGUUCUGCUGCCAGUUCUCAUUCCAAUUGCUGUUACAGAUGAUGGUAUUAAGAAUGCUAAAAUGAACAAUACCCAAAGUGUUGGGACUUUCAGUGAACUUGACAAUUUAUCGAUGGGGAAUAUCAAUCUGCGGAGUAAUCGGCUUUGGGCCUUCUUAUUAGCCACCUACUGGGUUUCCUUUGUGGCAUAUUACCUGACAUGGAAAGCUUAUAAUCAUGUCUCAGCUCUGAGAGCUCAAGCUUUAAUGGCUCCAGAAGUAAAGGCUGAACAAUUUGCCAUUAUUGUUAGAGAUAUCCCUCCAGUUCCUGAAGGUCAAACUAGGAAGGAACAGGUUGAUUCUUUCUUUAGGAAUAUCUAUCCAGAUACCUUUUAUCGAUCGAUGAUUGUCACAGACAACAAACAGGUUAAUAAAUUGUGGGAGGAGUUGGAAGGAUACAAGAAGAAGCUCGAACGGUCUGAAGCUAUCUUUUCAGCUUCAAAAACAGAAGCCAAGCCAGAAGGUGUAAGACCAACGCAUAAAACUGGCCUUCUUGGUCUUAUUGGGAAAAAAGUUGACAGCAUAGAAUUCUACUCUGAGAAGAUCAAUGAGCUAGUCCCAAAGUUGGAAUCUGAACAGAAGGCUACUCUCAGAGAGAAGCAGAAGAAUGCUGCUUUAGUCUUCUUUAAUAACCGGACAAGUGCAGCUUCUGCAGCUCAAAACUUACAUGCACAAAUCGUUGAUAAAUGGACAGUUCUGGCAGCUCCAGAACCCCGCCAGCUUAUCUGGCCUAAUCUUUAUAUCAAUUUCAUUCAGAGGCAAGUCAGGCAGUAUGUUGUGUAUUUCAUUGUGGCCCUGAUGAUUUUCUUCUACAUGAUUCCAAUUACUGCAGUUUCGGCUGUUACCACGCUCGAUAACUUGAGGAAGUUUCUGCCAUUUUUGAAGCCAAUUGUGAACAUAAAUGCAGUCAAGGCAAUUUUAGAAGCUUACUUACCUCAGUUAGCUCUGAUUAUCUUCUUGGCUCUGCUGCCUAAGUUACUACUCUUUCUAUCUAAAUCUGAGGGCAUUCCUUCAGAGGGACAUGCACAGAGGGCUGCUUCUGGGAAAUAUUUCUAUUUCACAGUGUUGAACGUGUUCCUUGGAGUCACUUUGAGUGGUGCAUUGUUCAGAACAUUCAAGAGCAUCCAGAAAGAUCCAAACUCUCUUGUUCCCUUGUUGGCAAGUAGUCUUCCAGGCAGUGCAACUUUCUUCCUUACCUUUGUGGCUCUCAAGUUCUUCGUCGGUUUUGGUCUUGAACUAUCUAGGAUAGUUCCUCUUAUCAUAUUUCAUUUGAAGAAGAAAUUCCUUUGCAAAUGUGAAGCUGAUGUGAAGGAUGCUUGGACUCCUGGAGAUCUUGGUUAUGGAACUAGAAUUCCUGGUGACUUGCUCAUUUUUACUAUAGUCCUCUGCUACUCCAUCAUAACACCUCUGAUUGUUCCAUUCGGCGUCAUAUAUUUUGGUCUUGGAUGGCUUAUUCUUCGCAAUCAGGUCCUGAAAGUUUAUGUUCCUUCCUAUGAGACCUAUGGAAGAAUAUGGCCACAUAUAUUCAACCGUAUCGUAGCGUCUCUCCUAUUGUACCAACUUACCAUGUUCGGUUUCUUCGGAGUGAAGAAAUUUUUCUAUGCUCCAAUCUUAAUUCCACUUCCCAUAAUUUCCUUGAUAUUUGCCUUCCUUUGUCACAAAAAGUUCUACCGAUCUUUCGCUGAUACCGCUCUUGAAGUUGCUCGUAGUGAGUUGAAGGAAGUUCCUAACAUGGAACAAGUGUUCAGGUGUUUCAUUCCACCAAGUUUGAGCUCUGAGAAGGUUGAUGACGACCAAUUCGAAGAUGCACGGUCUCAAGUUUCGAGAACAGGAUCAUUUGUUUGAUAGAAAUUUACGUCGUUCUUGGUUUGUCCACGAAUCUUGUGUGAAAGUUAGAUGAAAAAUGUUGAUAGUUUGCAUUAGGGAUUAAGAAGUUAGGUUGUGAUUAAUGUACACCUCACUUUGUGUUUAUGGUUUUCCCCCUUGGUUUAGUUUAAUAGCCAUGAGAAAGGUAUCAUGUGUGUACAAGAAGAAUGAAUGAUCCAUAGCAAUUCUUCAAUGUCUUCUGUAUUUAAUGAAACUCAAAGUGUUAUUUCCUUUCUUUCCAGAUUACAUGUGGAUAAUCCUUUCAUGUAUGAACA